AUGCGUGUCCUCCCGACAUUGGGCGGCCUCAUGCUGGCCGGCGCGGCCACCACCGCCGCCCUCAACAACAGCUACUGCACCCCCAAGUCCGGCGACGUGCAGGUGGUCCAGUACGCCUGGGCGCUCGAAUACAUGGUCGAGCAAUACUACGCCUCCGUCCCGGUCAACCAGACCUUCCUCCACUCGGCGCUGAACAGCUCCACCGCAAACUACGCCCUCAACCUGGCGGGCAUGCAGCAGCAGAACCGCCUCGGCGUCCGCGCCGCGCAGCAACUCGGCAAGACCAUCAGCAACUUCACCGCGCCAGGCUGCAACUUCACCUUCCCCGCCCCAAACAGCAGCGAGACCUUCCUCACCACCGCCCUGACGUUCGAGUCCGACGUCUGCGCCGCCCUCAUCGGGCUCGAGGGCUACACCCAAGCCCCCGAGGUCUCGUUCCUGAUCGCCCGUCUGGCCGCCCAGCACGCCGGCCACGCCGCCUACCUCGCCACGACCCAGGAGGCCGUCAUCUUCCCGAGCAACGUUACCUCGCUGGUGCCCGCCUACAGCCCCAGCUACGUGCUCUCCAACGGCUCCAGCCCCGGCCAGCUGGGCAGCUACUUCAAGGGAUGUGUCUCGGCGCCUCAGCCCCCCUGCGGUAAUCUUACCAUCGGGCCUCUGAUUGCUACCUAUGGUAGCAACUCCUCUUCUAGCUCGGCUGCUUCCAUGUCGACUGCCACGUCCAGCUCGGCCUCGGCCUCGGGUGCCAGCUCCGCUUCUGCCACCGCCACUUCUACGGGGUCUAGUAGGAGAAGAUUCUGGUAA